AUGGGCCGUGCAAGAAUAACCUUGAAACCUAUUUCAAAUGAGAGAUCUCGUAAGUCAACUUUCAAGACGAGAAAGGAAGGACUAAUUACAAAAAUUUCUCAACUUUCCACCAUGUGUGGAGUUGAAGCCUGCUUGAUUGUGUAUGAUGACAUCAAUGGUGAUGUUGGAGCUGUGACUUGGCCUGAAAACCCCACAUUGGUACGUCCCAUCAUUGAAAACUAUGAGCGUCAAAGGGCUGAAAAACCUCCCAAGACCUUUGUUAUUCAAGACUUUUUCGAGAAUAGGAAGAACAUGGUUGAAGCUGAGAUUUCCAAAUUGCAUAAACAGGCCAGAGAGAUCAAGUAUCCAACUUGGGAUCCAAGUUUGAGUAAUAUGGAAAAGGAGCAAUUGAGUGCAUUCAUUGCUAAUGUGAAUGCUAAGAUUGAAGCUUGUGACCAGAGAAUUCACAUCAAAUCCAUGCAAAAUAUGGCUAAGGAAAGUGCUUCUUCCUCCCAUUCAAGCCAACUCAAUUUCAUGCAAAACAUUUCUCAAAGCCAAAUGAUCCCUACUUAUGUAGAGCCACUACUUAAUGAUAAUAAUAAUGGGAGGGUGUUGAAUUCAACAAAUCAGGUUGGUGGAGCUUCUAGUCAUGGAGUUAACAUGUUGAGAAACAUUCAACAAGGUAAUUUUUGCGUUAGUUACAUGCCAAGCAUGGCUCAGAGCCAAAUGAUCGCACUUGAAACUUUUAAGUCACUUAAAGGAAAAAAUAAGAUGGUAGAUUUUACUAAUCAAGUUGUUGUUCCUCUAGAUUCAACUAAUCAUCAACUUGGUGAGUCUUUGGAUUGGGCUAAUCACCAUGGUAGCUUUGACUGGGCUAAUGGACCCAUUGGAAUUGAGGAUUGGUCGAAUCCACUAAAUGGUGAUCUUGUGGGUAGUCAACCUGAUGAAUCAGUCUUGCAGAAUAUUCCCAUUCAAUCUCAGAAUGAUUAUCAAGGAGCAGUUUUACCUACCUUGCCACUAUCAUUGGAUGGAUUUCAAACAGAUUGCCGUAAUAUGUUUUUUCGAAUGAGUAACUCCAAGUAA